AUGGGCAACCACUGCUCCGUGAAGGAGGUGCCCUGCUUCGAUGCGGCGCAGCAGCCACUGCCGCAGGCACUGGCUGUGCAGGCUGAGCCCAGCGGGCCUAGCGAUGCCUUCGGCGUGGCCGAGGUUCCCUCGCGGAGCCUCGCUGUGGAAAUCAUCGGCAGCCGCCCGAGGUCCGACAAGGGAGAGGCACCUGAACCUUUCGGUGCUAUACGAGCCUCCAUGGCCGACGGGCCGGAUGUGAGCCGACUUCCGGACACGUAUUUCGACUGCGAAAUUGGCGAAUGUCCAGUGCUUGAGGACGAGAGCAUCAUCCAGCAUCUGAGGUACGAGUUUCAGUCUGGAGCUGUCUAUGACGGGGACUGGCUGAACGGCUUCCGCCAUGGCAUGGGCAAGCAGAUGUGGCCGGACGGCACGGAGUAUGUGGGGCAGUGGCACGAGGGCCGGGCCAGUGGUGUUGGGUGCAUCAAGCACAGUGAUGGCGACUGCUACACCGGGCAGUGGGUCAACGGCCGCGCUCAUGGCUUGGGCGUCUAUCGCUUCCAGGACGGCGCUGCCAGCUAUGAAGGCCAAUUCCGUUGCGACCACCGUGAUGGUUUGGGAGUGGAGCGAUGGGUCGACGGCUCAUGCUACGCUGGUGGCUUUCUGCAGGGCAAAAAGAGCGGUUUCGGGUCGAACACGUGGCCAGAUGGAACCGUAUACUAUGGGAGCUGGCGGGAAAACUCGCCCUUUGGCCCUGGAGAGUACACUCUCAGUGGAGGCCCUAGCUUUCGUGGUCAGUGGGAGAACUCCAUGCCGCACGGCGUUGGUGUUUACCAGUGGCCGGACGGGAAGACGUACGCUGGUGGAUACCACUUCGACAAGAAGGAGGGUUUUGGCAUCCUCACCGAAGCGGAUGGCAGUGUGCGGCAGGGCUACUGGGCCAAUGGUGAGCUGGUGGAGUGA